UUGAAAUCCAAAUCGAAAUGCCUCAACUUGAUAAAUUAACUUAUUUCUCACAAUUCUUCUGGUUAUGUCUUCUCCUCUUUACUUUUUAUAUUCUCUUAUUUAAUAAUAAUAAUGGAAUACUUGGAAUUAGUAGAAUUCUCAAACUACGGAACCAACUGCUUUCGCACCGGGGGGGCGAGAUCCGGAGCAAGGACCCUAAGAAUCUGGAAGAUAUCUCGAGAAAAGGUUUUAGCACCGGUCUCUCAUAUAUGUACUCCAGUUUAUCCGAAGUAUCCCAAUGGUGUAAGACCGUCGACUAUUUGGGAAAAAGGAGGAAAAUCACUCUGAUCUCUGAUUUCGGAGAAAUAAGUGGCUCACGAGGAAUGGAGAGACAGAUUCUUUAUUUGAUCUCGAAGUCCUCAUAUAACACUUCUUCCAGUCGGAUCACUUGUUGGAAAAACAUAAUGCUCACACAUGUUCCACACGGGCAAGGAAGCAUAAUAUCAUGAAAGCCGUCUGAUAAUCUUUCUAUAGGUUCCCCAAAGAGAAUGGUCUCAUCACAAAAACACUUUCUAUAUGUUCUGUUAUUUCGAGAUUCGAAGAAGCAAGCAAGUUUUUCAUAUAGUUGUUUUUGUGUAGUGAUCUCUGUUCAUGGAG